UUUAUCAAAGGAAAAGGAGAAGACGCAAAAACCUAGUUUGUGCGGCACCGUUCCAGCGAGUGCGAGUCUCAGUGUUGGUGAACCUAGUUUGUGCGGCACCGUUCCAGCGAGUGCGAGUUUCAGUGUUGGUGUGUGGAAGAUAGCUACAGUCAUGGCGGACGUGAUGAUGAUGAAAGAGAUUGAGGACACAGCUUCGCGUCUCGGAGUCGAUCUUUCUACCAUUGAUCUCGACGCCAUUCGCCUCCCUCCAGGCGAUGAUUUUGGCGUCACCAGUGACGAUGAAGAUAUUUACCAAGAGGAUAAUCUGGAGUUUGAGUCUGGAUUCGGCAACAUUAUAGUGGUGGAUAACCUACCAGUUGUUCCACGGGAGAAGUUUGAGAAGCUUGAAGGUGUCGUUCGUAAAAUUUAUAGUCAGAUUGGUGUUAUCAAGGAUGAUGGUCUCUGGAUGCCCGUUGAUCCCGCCACUGAGAAGACUUUAGGUUACUGCUUCAUUGAGUAUAAUACCGCUCAGGAAGCUGAGCUUGCUAAAGAGAAGACUCAUGGAUACAAAUUGGACCGUUUACACAUAUUUUCCGUCAGCAUGUUCGAUGACUUUGACAGGUUUAUGAAAGUUCCAGACGAAUGGGCUCCUCCUGAAACUAAGCCAUAUACUCCAGGGGAAAACCUUCAAUAUUGGCUCACUGAUGCAAAGGCCAGAGACCAGUUUGUGAUUCGUGCUGGUUCAGAUACUGAGGUUUUGUGGAACGAUGCAAGGCAUUUAAAGCCUGAUCCUGUUUAUAAGCGUACAUUUUGGACUGAGAGUUUUGUGCAAUGGUCCCCUCUGGGCACAUACUUGGCAACAGUUCACAGGCAGGGGGCAGCAGUCUGGGGAGGUGCUUUAACCUUCAAUCGUCUCAUGCGUUAUGCUCAUCCUCAGGUAAAACUUAUUGAUUUUUCACCUGGUGAGAAGUAUUUGGUAACUUAUAGCAGCCAUGAACCAAGCAAUCCUCGAGAUGCUAAUAGGGUUGUGAUAAAUAUAUUUGAUGUGAGGACUGGUAAAUCGAUGAGAGAUUUUAAAGGAAGUGCUGAUGAUUUUGCUAUUGGAGGUACUGGGGGUGUCACUGGGGUGUCCUGGCCUGUUUUCAGAUGGAGUGGUGGAAGAGAUGAUAAGUACUUUGCAAGGAUGGGGAAAAAUGUACUGUCUGUGUAUGAGACUGAGAACUUUUUUCUGAUUGACAAGAAGUCCUUGAAGGUUGAAAAUAUAAUGGAUUUCAGCUGGUCUCCAACUGAUCCAAUUAUUUCCCUCUUUGUUCCUGAGAUGGGGGGUGGUAACCAGCCUGCUAGGGUAAGUUUGAUUCAAAUCCCCGGCAAAGAGGAACUCAGGCAAAAGAACCUUUUUAGUGUAAGUGAUUGCAAAAUGUACUGGCAAAGCCAUGGAGAGUACCUUGCUGUCAAGGUUGAUCGUUACACAAAAACCAAGAAAAGUACAUACACUGGCUUUGAGCUUUUUCGUAUAAAAGAACGAGACAUACCUAUUGAAGUGUUGGAGCUUGAGAAUAAAAAUGACAAGAUCAUUGCAUUUGCCUGGGAACCAAAGGGCCAUAGGUUUGUUGUGAUUCAUGGUGAUAACCCAAAGCCUGAUGUUAGCAUCUACUCUAUGCGUACUGCUCAGAACACUGGCCGGGUUUCAAAGCUCACUACUCUGAAAGGAAAGCAAGCAAAUGCUCUGUUCUGGUCACCUGCAGGUCGCUUCAUUGUACUAGCUGGGUUGAAAGGCUUCAACGGACAGUUGGAAUUUUACAAUGUUGAUGAACUUGAAACCAUGGCUACUGCUGAACAUUUUAUGGCCACCGACAUUGAAUGGGAUCCUACCGGAAGGUAUGUUGCGACUGCUGUGACUUCAGUUCAUGAAAUGGAAAAUGGUUUCAAUAUAUGGUCUUUCAAUGGCAAGCAUCUCUAUAGGAUACUGAAGGAUCACUUCUUUCAGUUCUUAUGGCGACCAAGGCCACCAUCUUUCCUGAGUGCUGAGAAAGAGGAAGAGAUUGCAAAGAACUUGAAGAAGUAUAGUAAGAAAUAUGAGGCAGAAGAUCAAGAUGUUUCGCUGCUCCUGAGCGAGCAGGAGCGUGAGAAGCGUAGAAUGUUGAAAGAAGAUUGGGACAAAUGGGUCAACGAAUGGAAGCAGAUGCACGAAGAAGAGAAGUUAUAUAGGCAAAAACUCAGGGAUGGCGAGGCUAGCGACGAAGAAGAGGAAUACGAGGCAAAGGACAUUGAAGUGGAGGAAGUGAUCGAUGUAUCACAAGAGGUCCUUCACUUCGAGUAUGGUCAAGAGUGAAGUUUAUUGCUGGACUGGAGUUCGUUAGAUUGAAACAUUCUAUUCACUUGUUGAGGUGUAGUUGUAGAGCAUACUUCGAGUUUAUCGUUGUAAAACCCUUUUUUGUAGUUUUUUAUUAUUAUUUCUUUUUGUGGAAGGAAUUCUUUUUUCUUUUUUUUUCACCAAGACUUAACAUGAAAGACAAUUUUGCUGUCCCCGUUGGGCAAAAGUCUCUUCCUCCUAUCACUUUCUGUCUUCGCACUAACAAAAUGGAUGAAGAA